UCCUACACAACACCAACACCACUAACACGCACACAUACAUACACACGCACACACAUACACAUCCUCUCGCUGCUCGCUGCCCUGCCCCGUCAGCCAGCCAGCCAGCGCCCAAGACCCCCCCCCCUUCCACACGCCCGCCCAGCAGGUUGAAUGAGCUCAUCGCCCGAAGCCGCCGUCGACCAGAGCGCGCCUGUUUCAAAUCUCACGUACCUGCACAAGCACCAGCCAAAGAACUCCAGGCACCACGACGCCUCCCUCCCCCGCGGCCGCAACUCGACGAGACAUGAGCUGGGAAGAAGAAAUAGACCGGGCGAGCGCGUUACCCGUAUCUACCCCAGACAGGUGACAACCUCGCCUGCCUCUGCAAAGCGCCUCUCCUCAACGUCGCCCCCCACAAACUACAAUGCCACGACGUCCCCCUUGCUCUCGGCCAUUGGUGCCACGCGCAACACCGCCGCCCAGUACACCACCGAGUGGGCCAAGUCAGUGCCCUUCUUUCCCCACCAGGGCUCUCCAGGUAACGGCGCCAUAGCCAUCGCUGGCUCGCCGCCCACCUUUCACAACUCGCCCGGCGCGCGUGACGGUCUAUACGCCCACCAGGCCAUGUCCAAUUCACCGCCUGCCCCACGGCCCCUCAGCCAUCCUAAUCAGUACACAAACUUUGGCGGUAGGAUGCAGAACUCGCCGGGGACAGACCGCAGGGCGUCCGUCUACUCCCAAGGGGGCCGACCGCCCUCGCAGCAGUUUGUCCCCAACCCGCCCCUGCCACACCAGCCACAGGCACACUACUAUGGCCUGCCCAACCUGGACUUUCUCAAUAACCCCCCGGCCACCGGCCUCGUCCCUGGCCAGGACGGCUGCUUUUGUGGCUUCGACACGCUGUCCAUGGCCGGCGACGAAGCCGCUCGCUCCGCCGAGAAUGUGCUACUCAUCGGAUCCCAGGGUGGCCUCGAUGUCUUUCGUGUCGAGAAGAGCAAGAUGGACAUUGUCGGCCGCCUCGAAGGUCUGCGUGGUGCUGUGAUAGGCGCCAAAAUCUUGCCCUGGACCUCGCGGAGAGAUCCGCUGGCGGCAUCCAGGCCUCUUGUUGCUCUCAUUUUGCACGGCCCAGUGAUCAAGGAGAGCAGGAGCAGUAGUGCAAGCGGCUCUUCGUCUGUGGCAGACGACUCGGCUUCGGAUUCACCGAGCAGGCCGUCGUCGCGGCUGGGAAGCCAUGAAAACGGCCAGAUCAGCGGCUACCAAACCACGGUCGAGGUGUAUUCGCUCAAAGAGAGACGAAGGCUGGCCGUUUUGUACAAGACACCCCUGGUCGCCCUCACCAGCCCAAUCGACAGUCCCAUGUUUCAGCCACCACCCCCAGUAGGCGACUUUGUGGUGGAUGCCAAGGGAAAGUUUGUCGUGGUGGCUUCUGGCGCAAGUGGUGAAGUCUUUGUAUUUGCCCCGUACACACAGGGCCACUUUGAGUAUGCCGAGCGCUUCCGCUGCAUCGGCAAAAUGUGGACUUCUGUCCAGAAUCGCGAGCGUGCCAUCCAUUCAACUGGUUCCAGUGCGGCCGACGGAAGCCACGAUGAGACUCCGCCGGAAAAGUAUGGCCUGCCCGUCUUCUCGCUCUCUGACCGCUGGCUUGCCCUCUCUCCACCGGCUUCGAGUUCGCUCUAUCCUGUCAACGGCAUGGCGCUGACGUCACCCUACUACGAGCGUGCCCCGGGCCUGGCACAUCACAGUGUACCGCCCCAGCCAUUGCCAAACUGUGCCGUUGAUGCUCCCAACGAGGCAGGCUUGAUUGACAGACUGACGCGAGAGGGAACUCAGGUCGCCAUCAAGAGCGCGCGCUGGGCCACGGAAAAGGGAAUGCAGGCUUUCAAGAGCUACAUGAACAAGGGUCAGCAAGCUAACAAUGCUUCGUACAACCACGAUCCGAUGCAGCAUUACUUUCCCCCGACGCAUGGCUACAACCAGGCGGCACCGCGACAAGAAGCAGCUGUUAUAUCCAUCUUCGAUCUGCAGAAACUGCUAGAUGCAGAGGAGACCAGAAGCAAGAGUGCUCUACAGCCCGUUGCAACCAUACCGGCGGCCCUCGGAUGCAGCUUUCUGUCGUUUGCCCCCAGCGGCCUGAUGCUCAUGUCAGUGAGCAAGAAGGGUGACUAUCAAGAUGUCUGGGAUCUGAAGCGUAUGCACUUGCGUCGGGCGCGCAGGACCGCAAGGGAACAGCCUAUCGGGCCACAUGUCCGACAGGUUGCGCGCUUCACCCGCAUGACGGUUGCAAAUGUCAUCGAUGUCGUGUGGUCCGCCCCCAGAGUCGACAAGCUGGCGGUGAUUACGGACAAAGGAACCGUACACAUGUUUCCGAUGCCUGCAUCUGCAUUCCAAUGGCCGCCAGCUAGACGACUUCGCCCAGCUGCACAACCGGCCCAGUCUCAAGAAUCUACCACUCCUGCUGGACCCACGGGCGCCGUCGGCUCAGCCAUGCAAGCCAUCAACAGUGCAAAGCCCUGGUUCAGUGCUGUUCGGACGAGGACCAAUAGUGGCGGCUCUCGUUUUAGUCUCAGCGGUCUGGGUGUGACACCUGCUGUAGGCGCAAAGUCUGGCAAAGCCGUGGCUGCUGGUGUCGGCAAAUCGAUUAAUAACAUCCGCCAUGCCGGCGACAACAAACUGACGCUCCCUUCAACGUCCAGCGGUGUCAAACCCUAUAGUGUUCGUUGGCUGUCUGGACGGGGUCGCGGCUCAGUUGCACUAGUAUCCGGCGGCGUACUCCAAAUCUGGCGAGUCCAGAUGCGACCUGCUGGCGGCAAGGGGAAAUCGGCCAACACUGCGACCAUUACCAAGCGAAAAGCUGUCGAGUUUGGCCUUGCUCCUAUUCCAGACAUAGCGCUUCCACCGUCGAUCACGGAGCAGCUGUUCCCCCAGCCUGGUGACCCGGAACCUAUGCAAGAGUGCUACGGAGACUGGUUACCACGAAGCUUGCCUUGCCGCAAACCUGCAGGACCUACUCUUGCGCCCCUCAGUUUCUCAGAGAUUGAGACGAACCCGCCGUACCAGCCCUUUUACACGGAUAAGCGUGUCACGCGAUUUGUGUAUGCAAGACAGGCAUUAGAGGUUCAGGGCAGCACCAGCGAAGAUCAGCCAGUACUUCCUGGACUGGUCUCGGACCUCCAUUACGACGAUCCAUCACCGUGGCUAUUUGGCGAGAGCGUCGAGGCGACCAAACUCUCCUCGCCCAUGACGCAGGCCUAUGACUCGGGCGAUGAUGAUAUUACGGGUGUGGCUGCCCGAAUCGAGAAUAAGCUCGUGCUGCGUGAUGGUGAGGAAGAGGUGGAGCAAGUCGUCGUCACGACGAGACGCCGACGUAUUAAGAAGGAUGGCCUCAACGGCGAUGAAGAAGGCUUCUUCGAAGAUGACUGCGAGGUCCUCGACUUUGCAGAGGAUCGCGUGUGAGCGACCAGCCCCCUGUGACUCCCUGUCCACCCAAUGCUCACAUCAGCAUCCCACAAUCGCUUACAUCCCCCUCCUCUUCAACACAUUGUAUGUACAUGGGACUAAAGGCGUACGCUUGGAAUCGGCGCUGACGGCUUUGCUGUUGUUAUUGCUGCGUUACUUUUGUCCUUUUUCCUUGAUCGCCUCUCGUCCCCCCAUAUUACCUUUUGAUAUAGAAACCUUUUUAAAUCAAGAUACCACGCAGCAAAGGGUUAGCAGCAGCGCCUCUCAUCUUCCUCUUCCUCCUCUUCCUC